AGAAUAACACGUCUUGAUGAAUUGAUACGGUGAUUUACUCUAUAUCUCAUUUUUGAACAUAACUGCUCUAUCGCUCUCGUCACCAUAUAUCGCGCAUCGGUCACGGCAAUCAAGUAUUCGACGCCCCUUGCUUCCCCUUUCUGGGGCAAUCCGUAAUCCCAAUCCGCAAGCACGACUUGACCGCUCUUCUUCCAUCACAUCUCUACCCAUAGCCGCGGUUGCGGGCCAGUAGUCGAAUGAUAAUCCUGGGUCGGGAUCCCGCAUGAGCACGCUCCUUCUCACAAAUCCCCAAAAAUGACAUCCCUCACCUCCACCAACGCCAUUGAGGAGGAGACAUAUGAUGACUACGUAGCUGAGCAAUUUUACCCUGCCUACAUUGGGGAGGUGGUUAAGUCGCUUAGGGGGGAGUAUGAGAUUAUUGGGAAACUGGGGUAUGGACGGCAUUCUACAGUUUGGCUGUGUCGAGAGAGAGGGGAAAACACAUUCUACACCCUCAAAAUCACCAUCUCCCACCCCCCCAACACCACCAACCGCGAAGCAGACAUCUACAACCACAUCCAAUCCCUCUCCUCACAGCACGAGGGGAGGGGGUACGUGAGGGAGUUGCAGGAGUCGUUUGGGAUUGAGGGGCCGGAUGGGAAGCAUUGGUGUCUUGUGCAUCAGCCGCUGGGGGUGAGUUUGCAGGAGUGGCAGAGGGGACUUCCUGAGGGGAGGUUGACGGGUGUGGUACUUCGGGGGGUGGUACGGAGUCUUCUCCAGGCGCUGGACUUUCUGCAUGAGGAGGCGGGGGUUAUACAUACUGAUAUCCAAGCCUCCAACAUCCUCCUCACCCUCACCACCCCCUCCCCAAUCCGCACCUUCAUCGCCGCAGAACAAGAGCACCCCAGCCCCCACAAAACCGUCGAUCAGUACCGCACAAUCUACCGCUCACGUCGCUUGUCAGUCUCGCUCGAUCUGCCGCCGGGGGUGGCGACGCUGACGGAUUUCGGAAACGCGGUGCAGAACGCGCAUAAGCCGCAUGCGGGGCUGAUACAGCCGUUGAUGUGUAGGGCGCCGGAGGUGGUUUUGAGGAUGCCGUGGGAUGGGAGGGCGGAUGUUUGGAAUUUGGGUGUGUUAAUGUGGCAGCUUAGGUUUAACCAACACCUUUUUGAUGGGGUGACGGAGGGGGAGCAGUUGAGAAAUAUGAUUGCGUCACUUGGUCCGCCGCCGAGGGAAUUCGUGUUGCAGGGCCGGUUGGGGGUUAGGGAGUUGUAUUUUGAUGAUGAUGGCGUGUGGAAAGGGGAGACGGUCAAGCCGAACCCUAUUGGGGGGUCGCUCGAGGGGGAGGAGGCAGAGGGGUUCCUGGAUUUGCUGAAGGAGAUGGUGAGGUGGGUGCCGGAGGAGAGGAAGAGUGCGAGGGAGUUGUUGGGACAUGCGUGGUUGGCUCCUGGCACCAAUGGUACGGAUAAGGAGGCGAGGAAGCAGUGAUUGACUGGCGUCCACCUCACGGCAGGCACAGGGGACGAAUGUGUAUUUGACCGAGUAAGUUAGGUAACCUUGUUCUCCGCGGCAUCGAUAGCCGAAAGUGGUUUUAUUGCUGGCCAGACAUUAUCGAAAGAAGAUAUAUCUACCCCAGAAAGGCGCCACCGCCCCCUCCCCUUCCUCCCACCCGGUCUAUUGUCGAACAAUGCAGAUAAUGCACUUUGAUGGUGGAAGGGUACGUUGGGAAAAUGGCCGGGGGGCGGUGUUUCGGUAGCCCAAUUUGGGCGUGGAUAUGUCUUCUUCGGAUAGUGUCUGACUGUCAAGAAGCCGAUUAGUUGAUGUGAUGGUGAUGAAUGGCAGAGGAGAGGUUCUCUACUCACUUGAUGGAUUACGCAUUCGUCCCCUGUGCCUGCCUGAUUGUGGGGUGGGUGCUAAGCGGAUGGGACUGUGGGGAAGUUUCUGAGGCAGUCUUAGGUGAGCAUAAAGCUUCGACUUUAUCCUGGGGUGAGAAGGACGGGGGUCUGGAGGUUGGGGUCCGUGAUGAUGGGCUUUUAGAGGGAGAUUGGGGGUUGAAAUGGGCGUCGAGCAUUUGGAGGCAGCUGCAUGGUUAUAGUUAUUGGGAGGUGGCUAUCUGUGUGAUUGUCGGUGGCUUUUCUUCAUGGACGCUGAUGCUGAUGGCUGCGGCAUAAAUGUGAUACCCAGUGUUUCCAGUAGUAUUGCCCGUAUACGGGAGGCUCUCGUAUACGGGCCCGUAUUAUACUUAAGUAUUCAUACGACCCGUAUCAUAACACCUCUCCGCCGCUAGUAUUAUACUUAAGUAUUGCUGGCCAUAUCUACGGCAAGGAGUCCUGGUGUUUGCAAGUUCUGUUCUAAGGAGUAUACUGUUGGUGGGGGCACUAAUAUCAUCAUCAAGCACUUAAAGAGCGCCAUUCCAUUGACUUGAAAACACCACAAGAGCAACGCAUUGAUGGAUAUCAAUCCACAAUAGCUGUAGCCUUUGCCAGGCCAGACACAAUCAAUCAUAAACGCCGUAAACUCAACG